UGCUGGUUUGAAGUCGUCGUUUUCAUAGCAAUUUUAUAAUGGUUAAACUUAAUGAAUACGAUUUUAUAGGCUUUGAUCUUGACCAUACAGUUGUUCAGUACARGUUGAGCAACCUUUAUACGUUGAUCUAUGAUAGCUUGGUAUCAUAUUUGGUCAGUGAAAAAGGCUAUGAUUCAAGUCUACUUGAUACCAGACUCAGUGAUAAUAAAGACUUCAUCUUGAGGGGAUUAGUUCUUGAUUUUGACAAUGGCAACUUUUUAAAGCUGGAUAAACAUGGCUGUAUACUAAGAGCAUCUCAUGGUACAAAGUGCUUGACAAGUGAGGAGAUAGUAGAAUGUUAUGGCAUGAAAAGAAAAUACAAACUGUUUGGUGAAAUAAAGUCGUCCAUGAUUAAAAGGCACAGGUCCAUUGUUAAUUUCAGGAAGUUUGAAACGUUCUUUGAUCUCCCUUCUUCACUGGUUGCUGCUAACGUUAUUGAUUAUAUUGAUGCCAAGGAUGGAAAACCAUGUAAUUAUAAAAGUGUUUGGCAGGAUGUUCUUGAUGGCAUGAUCUUGAUUUUCAGCCCUUCUUCAUUUGCAGCAAAAAAGGGAAACUAUUUUGAAACAAUGGUCAAAUCGCCAAGUAAAUACAUCCAAAAGUGUUCAAAAAAACUCAUUGACUGGAUCAAAGCCCUGCGAGGAGAAAACCGAAAAGUGUUACUUGUUACAAACUCCUACAUCGACUACGCCAGCUUUGUCCUGGAAUACGCCGUUGGGAAUGACUGGAGGGAUCUUUUUGACAUUGUCCUUUGCAGAGCAAGUAAACCAGGAUUUUUUGUGCCGUAUGAAUCUGGCAAAGCUAUCCCGUUUUAUGAAGUAGAGGGCAUGGAGGAAACAAGAGAAGCUGAAGAACUGAAACUGCACAAAACAUACUCCCAGGGGAACGUGGAAAUGCUUAAGAAGUAUYURAAAUUGUGGUCAGAAAAGGAGAACCCUAAGGUUCUUUUCUUUGGUGACAGUGUUAAGUCUGACAUCUAUCCUACUUAUAUUCUUGCUAAAUGGGAUGUCGUGGCCGUGCUAGAAGAGAUGGARGUUGAGGGAAUGGUGACUACAAGUCAUACUGAGAUUUACCAGACGACCAUGACUUCGAUACCUUCAGCGACUCAUCAUUUGGAGGCUUUUAUCCAGGUGUACCAAAGUCACUUUUGAUAGACUAGAACUAUGUACCAGCCUACUAGACUAGAACUAUGUACCAGCCUACUAGACUAGAACUAUGUACCAGCCUACUAGACUAGAACUAUGUACUACUAGACUAGAACUACGUACGAAUCUUCUGAGCAAUGCUUGAGUGGGCGACCUGGGGCCGGUACUAAGGCUGGAUAAGUUUUCCAGUCCUUUUCCAGUCGAUUUUGUAUGGCUUUUAUCUGUUGAAAUAAGGAUUUAUGUGGUGGAUGGCGCUAUUCAUCCUUUGCAGAACCCCUACAAGAAUAGCGAUAGUACUAAUUGAGAUUGUACAUUUGUUGUGAUAACCAACGUCCAGUAUAUUAAAGAGGAGUGGACUGGGAGGAAUGAACAGGGGGCUAGAAGAGUAAAAUAAUAAGCAAAAGCGGUUAUCACUCGAGCGCAUUAAUGAAGCAAUCAGUAGAGAAGUCUAUCAAUGAAAAUACUUUAUUUUUGAUUGUUAGUCUAUAACAAUUCUUUGAUAUAAUAAAUAUAUAAUAGAUUCUUAAUUUAAAAAAAAUCCAGGAAAUAUGGGCUAAUACAAAAUUGAUUUGUUGUUUUUCCAUCGACUAAAAACGGYUUGACAUCGUUUCCACAAUCCCCGAGACAUUUUUAUGAAUGUAAAAUAAUAAUACUUUUAUCAGACCGUCAUCUUGAUGCAUUAAAACCAAUUAUGGGAUGCCCACCGGGCCGUUCGUUGGAAAUAGAUUCAUUAAUGAGGAUCAUCGUCAAAUAUGACAUUCAUUCAAAUACUGCAUUGUAAUUAACUAAAGUAAAAAUAAAAAAUAAAAUAAACUAGUAAACGUCCCACUC